AUGUCUAAAUGGGAGAGUUAUUCCCGAAACGGAUUGAGUAUCGCUUCUACUGUAACUUCUGUGGGCUUUACUGCGGCUAAGUUGGGCACGAAAGUCGGAUUUGGAAUCGCUCGAGGUGUGUCUUCGACCGUUGCUGUCAUAGCAGGGUAUCCCUUUGGGGUUGGUCUUGCGCUUGGGGGAGCAGUGUCCGUCGUGUUUUCGCUUGCUGAACACAUUGCACUUGCUCCAAUUCUAUUGGGGGAAACACUUGCGUCGACCUCUCUAGUCGCAGCUGAAUCUUCUAUUGAUGUUCUCAGCGCCAUCUUCCCUGGCAGUGAUGAAGCGUCCUUCUCACUCGCGUCUUUCGUCGCACUUGUAAAGCGUGAAUGGAAUGAGCCGGCGUACUGGGAGAAGCUACCGCAGGAGCGCUAUAGCGUGACCGAAAUCGCCACGGCUCUCGUGGCUUGGGGCGCUCUGCAAGGCGUCACACAUGAGUGGAAAGAGAAGAUGUGGUUCAAAGAUCUCAAGGAGAUCGACGUAAAUGAGAUAGACGACGAGAAUUCACCGUUCAGGGAACGCAAGGAAUCACGUAUUAGGAUUACGAGCGACAUGACACGGAACGUCGGGCAAAUUAUUACGGCCGAGAUCGAGGAAAUUGAGCCGCCCUCGAGACCUACCAAUCUGCGCGCUGCUAGUACUCAAACACGGUCACAAUCGUUCGUAGCUCAGAACAAGCUCAAGUCGAAUCUUCGCCGCUUUUCCAAAAUGGUACUGGCUGGCUAUGGCGGCGCUGGACUUAUAUUCUUUGGCGUCUCAUUUACUCCGCCACUACCGUCUGUCCCGAAGUUUUCCAAUCCUCUUCAUGACAAUGCGAGUACAGCAGAAGAACAUGCCCUCGCGAACGCUGUUGACGCCUCCGAACGCGAGGCUUCUUCAUCUUUCCGCCAUCCAGCUCCAGCUCCGGACACUCAGCCUCCGCCGAAAUAUUCUUGGUGGAACGUUCUACUUGGGCGCCAUGAUCGCGAAAUAUUCGAGGGAUAUGCAUUCACUCCGGCGACAGUGCGUGAGGGUACGAGUAAACGUCGACGUCGGAGCAAGAAAGCUGAGGAGGAUAAACCUAUGACUGCAGUCAUCGGCGCUGAGAAGCACAUGCCUCGCUUCUGGGUACUAACGGAUCACGGACGCAGACAGGUUGUUCUCGUUUUCCGGGGGACGAUGUCCAUCAAUGAGCUCGCUGUUGACCUCACUUGUGACCCGGAACCGUUCUCACCCGCAAGUCCAGAUGAUCCAUUGGACGAUGGAGUGGAAAGUGAACAGAAAGUAGACGGGUUGCCUUCAGUCAUGAUGCCAGGGUCACUUCCUUUUCCUUCUUUUGCGCCGCCAAAACACGGACGCAAUCGAACGGAUUCGAACGUGUCGAAGAGCGAGGAUGGAAUGCCUCCCGAUCGCGAGACUUAUGAUGUACAUGGAGGGAUGCUCCGAAUGGCGAGGGUGAUGGGUGCAAGAGGAAAGCCCGUUCAUCGUGCUGUUCAGCAAGCAUUGUACAAGAACAAGCUGAUCCUAACCGGACACAGCCUUGGCGCAGGUGUCUCUGCUCUCCUCGCUCUCACGUGGGCGAACCCCGAAACAUGCCUUACCGUCCCGUCGAGUGGACUUCCGGUCGGACGAAGGGUUUCCGCAUAUUGCUUUGCUCCACCCUGUCUCGUUUCUCCCGCAUUAUCAAAUCUCUCAAGGCGCCUCGUCACCUCCUUCACGUACUCGCACGAUGUUGUUUCAAGGUUAUCACUCGGCUCUGUCCGAGAUAUGAAUGCUGUUGCGGCAUGGCUUUGCGAGGCAAAUAAAGGCGGUAGUGAGGAAGGGUAUGCGGCUGUUACGAAACGCGCGUUGAAGUGGCGCGCGGGAUAUGGAAGACAUGAGGAUCCCGACUGGUUUUUGUCGAUGCGGAAGACAUUAGAGGCGAACAUGGUUAUGGCCGACUUGUUUCCACCCGGACGGGUCUUGUGGGCGAUAAGAGAUGGAGAUUUACACCCUUCGCAUAGAUUAUCCGCCUCCGGUUGUUCGGGCGCUGCUGUGGAGAGCAAUGCCGAGAACAAAGUGCGAUUCUUUGAUGUACUUGAUGUCGAGAAGGUCUUUGGGCAGAUUAUAUUUGCUAGGGAUAUGUUAAGUUCGCAUUUACCGCAUCAAUACGAUCGAGUGUUGCAUGAGCUACUCUAGGUUGGACUAAUUUGUACAAUGGCGUUUGUACUCUACGUUGCUGUUCUAUUGAACUAGAGGAGACUAAACCAUAGCUCAUACCAUACCAUACUUAUUCCCUUUUAUUGAUAUGCUUCGCUUUUACUAUGCUGUAUUUCUGCUUGAUAUUCACUGUAUCG